AUGCAAACCGUAUGCAAGUCUACCAGCGCCAAGGCGCCGCGCAAACAGCUGGUCACGAAGGCGCAUCGCAAGAGCGUGUCGGCGACCGGCGGCGCCAAGAAGCCUUGGUGCCAGAGUCCGAGCAAGGCGGCUCUUCGCGAGAUCCUUCGCUACCAGAAGGGCACGGAGCUGCUCAUUCGCAAGCUGCCGUUCCAGCGCCUGGUGCGCGGGAUUGCGCAGGACUUCAAGACGGACCUGCGCUGCCAGAACAGCGCUGUCAUGAUUCUGCAGGAGGCCAGCAAGACGUACCUGAUCGGGAUGCCUGAGGACACGAACCUGUGCGUCAUCCAUGCCAAACGGGUGGCCAUCAUGCCCAAGGACAUCCAGUUUGCGCGUCUCAUUCGUGGCGAGCGUGCUCAAGCGUUUGCCCUCAUGUGGUGA